UGCCUGCUUCGGUGCGGCGCUAGGACCCGGCAGUGAGGGCGGCCUGGAGUCGGUCUCGUGGCCUCCAGCGCGCUCCAUUGUCUCAAUCUGAGCGGGGCCGUACCCACGCUGGCCGAUCCGAUCUGAGCCGAUCCGGGCAAGUCGGCUGCGGCAGGAGAUGCGGGGCGCGGUACCCUGAGCGCGUGGACCGAUGGCGGCGCCCCGCAGAGCCCCGCUCUGCCUCCUGGUGGCCCUGGUCCUGGACACCACUCGAGCACACAGUGGUUGGGAUGUGUACCUGCCUGCGACCCUGGAGCUCCUGGAUGCCCCCGAGUACUUUCGUGCACAGCAGCUCGGCCACUACCCGCCUGUCAACUCCUCCCUGGGCUCGAGAUCUGAGACCUUCCUGCUGCUACAUCCCUGGCCCAGGGCCCAGCCACUCUUCCGGGCCUCCUACCCACCUUUCACCACCCAGCAGGUCGUGCCCCCUCGGGCCACAGAACCCCUGCAUCGGCCAGUCCCGUGGGACGUGCGGGCUGUUUCUGUGGAGGCGACUGUGACCCCAGCAAAGCCCCAUGCCCGCGUCCUCUUCCACCUCAAAGGGCAGGACUGGCCACCAGGGCCUGGCAGCCUGCCCUGUGCCCGGCUGUAUGCCAUGCACCCCGAGGGCACUGCCCACCGUGCCUGCCGUGUCCAGCCUGCGCUGGGUGCCUGCGUGGUGGAGCUGGAGCUGCCUGCACCCUGGUUCUCAUGGGGUACCUCCUCUCGGGCUGCACUGGCCUACACGUUGGAGCCCACGGCUGAGGGCCCUGGGGGCUGUGCCCCUGGUGGGGAUGAGGACCCUGGGCAGCAGGCCUUCCCAGUGGAUAGCGUGGAGCUUCGCCCCGAGGACCCCCCACAGCACCAGGAGGUGCCUCUGGAUGAGGCAGUGACUCUGCGGGUGCCCGAUGCACCUGUGCGGCCAGGCCAGCCAUUCACGGCCACUGUUCUUCUGAGACACAACUUCACAGCCAGUGUCCUGACCCUGCGGAUUAAGGUGAAGAAGGGGCUGCAGGUGGUGGCUGCCCGCCCAGCACAGCCCAUGCUCUGGACGGCUACGCUGGACCGCGUCAAGGGCUCCAAGCACCACAGCACCCUCAUCACCUGUCAACUCUUGGGGCCUGAGGGACCAGACUCCAGCAGCUCCCCCGAGCUGUCAGAGUUCCUGUGGGUGGACUUCCUGGUGGAGAACGGCACCGGCGUGGGUGUAGCAGUCACACGGCCCAUCACCUGGCAGCUGGAGUACCCAGGCCAGGCCCCCGAUGCAGAGAAAGACAAAAUGGUGUGGGAGAUCCUGGUGUCUGAGCGGGACACCAGAGCACUUGUCCCGCUGGCCAAGGUUGAGGAGCUGGUGAACACAGCACCACUGACUGGACACCCUGGCCGCAUUCCUGUGCGCCUGGUCACCGUGGACACUGGGGGUGUCCUGGUGGAAGUGACCGAGCACAUUGGCUGCGAGUCGGCCAAUACCCAGGUCUUGCAGGUGUCCGAGGCCUGUGACACAGUGUUUGUGGCUGGCACCGAGAGCCGGGGUGCCAAGGGGGUGCGGGUGGAUUUCUGGUGGCGCCGGCUGCGCGCCUCACUGCUGCUGACAGUGUGGGCCCCGCUGUUGCCCCUGCGGAUCGAGCUGAGCGAUGCCACCCUUGAGCAGGUCCGGGGCUGGAGGGUCCCGGGCCCCACCGAUGGCGCGCUGGAGCCCAAUCCGGCUGUCGAGGAGGCCGAGCCGCGCUCCCGGAGCUGCCGGCUACUCUAUCAGCGAGCAAGUGUGCGUGUCCUCGCGCCCUUCGCGGCGCACACGCAGGACGGCAGGCACCUUGAGCACCUGCUGGGCCCGGACUGGCUGCUGGACGUGACCGACCUGGUGUUGCCGCAUGCCCAUGUACAGGACCCGCGCGUGGCCUCGCUGGAAGGUGGCCCUGUGCUCGUGGGCCGGGAACCCGGUGUCACUGCCAUCGAGGUGCGGUCCCCGCUGUCUGGCGCCAUCCUUGGGGAGCAGGCGCUAGCUGUGACUGACGACAAGGUGUCUGUGCUGGAGUUGCGGGUGCAGCCUGUGAUGGGCAUCUCGCUGGCCUUGAGCCGGGGCACUGCCCACCCUGGCGAGGUCACGGCCACCUGCUGGGCACAGUCAGCUGUUCCUGGCCAGAAGCAGGAAGUGGCCCUUUCCCUGUGGCUGUCCUUCUCUGACCACACUGAGGCCCCUGCUGAGCUCUAUGACCGCCGAGACCUGGGGUUGUCCGUCUCAGCCGAGGAACCCAGUGCUGUCCUGCCCACCACAGAGCAGGGCGCAUGGCUUGGGGUACUGGUGAGCGGGGUGGGUGCUGAGGCACUGCCCCUGCAUGUGGCCCUGCAUCCGCCUGAGCCCUGCCGCCGUGGCCGCCACCGAGUGCCCCUGGCCUCUGGCACUGCCUGGCUGGGUCUGCCCCCCACACCCACGCCCGCACGUGCCCUCCCGUCGAGCCCGGCCUGGAGCCCACCAGCCACUGAGGCUAGCAUUGGGGGCAAGCGGCAGGCAGCAGGUGGCGUGGGUGUGAGGGGCAAGUUCGAGCAGGCAGAAGAGGACACAGCGGCCAAGGAGGAGGAAGAGGAGGAGCAGGAAGAAGAGGAGGAAAUGGUGCCAGCCCUGCAGCGCAUCACAGACCUAGAGCUGGGCAUGUACGCACUGCUGGGCAUCUUCUGCCUGGCCAUCCUCAUCUUCCUAGUCAAUGGCGUGGUUUUUGUGCUGCGCUACCAGCGCAAGGAGCCCCCAGACAGUGCAGCCGACCCUGCUUCCCCGCAGCCCCACAACUGGGUGUGGCUGGGCACUGACCAGGAAGAGCUGAGCCGCCAGCUGGACCGCGGGGCCCCCGAGCUGCCCAGCAGGGAGGGCAGCUGCCCCUGUGGAAGCGGGGUGGGAGGAGAGGCCCAGACCCCAGUCCCUGUCCCCGUCCCUGGGCUGCCUGGGAACACCCCCGGCCCUACUAGCACCCUGACCCGCAAGGAAGCUGGGGGACGGCGUAAGCGUGUGGAGUUUGUGACAUUCUCACCAGUGCCCCCAGCCCAGCUGCCUGAGGAGCCCGUUGCUGUGCAGUCCAUCCUGGUGGCAGGCGAGGAAGACAUCCGCUGGGUGUGUGAGGACAUGGGGCUGAAGGACCCCGAGGAGCUCCGCAACUACAUGGAGCGCAUCCGGGGCAGCUCCUGACGUACCAGCCAGCGGGACCCAGGGACUCCUGCCUGUCCCUGCUCACCCUCUGGUGCUCACUGACCUGCAUUCCUGCCUGGUCCCCUGCCCCCACCCUUGCAUGGACUGAGGUCUAGGCAGGGCUCUUAUUUAUGGGAACCAACGUCUUCCACGUUGGGUCUGGAAUAAACUGAGGAUGUGCCA